GGGUGCAUUUUUUUUUUCUUCUUUCGAUCAAUACAAUAAGGUUUUAGGGGUUCUAACCCCUUCAAAACACAACCAUUUCAAAAAAAAAAAAAAAAAAAAAAAAAAAAAAAAAACAGAAAGGGGAAAAACAAAGAUAUCCUGAUGGAUUUCAGCAAGGUUAUCGGUCAGACGGUGCGUCAGAUAAAGCGGGAGGUGAACAAGAAGGUUCUUAAGCUGCCGGAGAUCGAGCAGAAGGUCCUCGAAGCGACAAGCAACGAGCCUUGGGGCCCUCAUGGGACCUUAAUGGCCAACAUUGCCCAAGGAACCCACAACUAUGGGGAGUACCCUUUGAUCAUGGCCAUACUUUGGCGGCGAAUGGCUGAUACAGGAAAGAAUUGGAGGCAUGUGUACAAGUCACUGCUGCUGUUAGAGUACAUGGUCGGCCAUGGGUCGGGGAAGGUAAUCGAGGAGAUAAGGGACAAUAUGGCACGGGUAAGGAGCCUGCUCGAUUUCCAGUACGUGGAACAGAAUGGGAAAGACCAAGGCGUAAAUAUUCGGAAAAAGGCGCAGAGUCUCAUUGGCCUGGUGUCAGAUAAGGAAAAGGUUCGAGAGGUACGGUACAAAGCGGCGGCGAAUAGACAGAAGUACAGAGGGACGUCCUCCGUUGGCGACAUCCACAUGCCAGGGACUUACGGUGGUGGCUCACCAAGGGCAGAUCAAGGACCCUAUAGCAGUGGCAGAUACUCGAGGGUUGACGAUAGAUGGGAAGGAGCAGAUAGAUAUGCUGAGGCGAGCAAUGCAGAAAGAGGGGGGGGCGGCGGCAGCAGCAGCGGUGGUGGAGGAGGAGGAGGAGGAGGAGGAGGAGAGUUCACAAGUCAAAGUGAAGAGCGUGAGUGGUACCACGACAGGGAGGACGACAACAAGUCGGAACCCGAUCGUCAUCGUGACAAGUUGCGUGUUCGACCCUUCGAAGACCGAGAUUCCCCCUCUUCUUUCAGAGGAGGGGACCGCAGGGGCGCUAAUGAUGACAAAGACAACUUCGAAUCCGAUUAUAAUCGCAACAAGUCACCUGUUCGAUCCUUCGAAGAUCGAGAUUCCCCGUCUUCUUUCAGAGGAGGGGACCCUCGUGAUAAGUCACAUGUUCGAUCCUUCGAAGACCGAGAUUCCCCAUCGUCUUUUAGAGGAGGGGACCUUCUCGACAAGUCACAUGUUCGAUCCUUUGAAGACCGAGAUUCCCCCUCUUCUUCCAGAGGAGGGGACCGUCGCGACAAGUCGCGUUUUCGAUCCUUCGAAGACCGAGACUCCCCCUCUUCUUUCAGAGGAGGAGACCAUCAUGACAAGUCGCACGUUCGGUCCUUUGAAGACCGAGAUUCUCCCUCUUCUUUCAGGGGAGGGGACCGUCGCGACAAGGUGCAAGUUCAAUCCUUCGAAGACAGAGAUUCCCCCUCUUCUUUCAGCGCAGGGGACCGUCGCAACAAUUUGCAAGUUCGAUCCCUCGAAGACCGAGAUUCCCCCUCUUCUUUCAGAGGAGGGGACGAUGGGUACCCUAAUGAGGACGAAGCUCAAGGUGCUCAACAACGUCGCUCAGAGUCAUCCAGGAGUAGAGGGAAUGCCAGAGGGUCCACAAGCCAGAAAGAGGCAUCGCGCUCGCCUCCCAGUUAUGAAGGAGCUACGCUUAUGUUGGUGCCGCAGUCAGGGGCAGCGCACUACGGAUUGGGACAAGAUGAAGCGGUUAUGAUGCAGGCUCAGAAGUCGCCCAGUGGAAGUGCAAGCGCUCGUGGGACUCGGUUUGCAGAGAGGUCUGAUUUUGACUUUGACCCUCGAAGAGGUGCCCUCGGUCGUGGCUCAAGGGCUGACGAAGCCUCUCCUACCGGUAGCUUAUCCAUUGCGCCAUCGCCCGAAGGCUGGAGCAACGGAAAUCGAACGCCAGUGGGUAAUCUGUUUGGGGAGUCCCAGUUCCGAGCCACUCCUUCCCAAGCAAUGGCUCCGUCCGAGUCCCCUGCUGUUCAGGGUGGGUUUGCAAAUGGACCAGGGGGAGGGGGUGGGAACACAGGUCUAGCAGUAGGAGUGGUAGUAGGAGGAGGUGCUGCUAGCAUAUCUCCUGCUCCUUUUCAGCCCGAUGGCAAGUUUGCAGCUCUCCCGGAGAGCACAGGAAUGACCGGCAAAACUGCGCUAGGUGUGCCAGCAAUCAUUCCGAUUGGGACACUGGGGACUGGUCCUAUGCCGGUGGUUCCAGGUCCUGUUCUAGGUACUGUGCCCGUUACGCCUGGAAGAGUGAACCCAGGUGCUACAACACCUUCCUCAUUGCCUGUGGCAAGCAGCACUUUAAAAUCUGCAGCCAUGCCUCUUGCCCCAUCGCCGGGUGUGAGCAGCCCGCCAUCUGCUGCUGGGCCAGCCACUGGGUCUGCAUCAAUGAAGCAACAGGCCUCUGGUGACGCUUCCACCUCAUCGGCAUCUACAGCAGGGCCUGGCACGCCUGCCAAUGCGGCAGCGUCUGGGACAAAGAAACAUCCCGCUCUUUGGGCCGACGCACUAAGUGUGGGACUCGUCAACCUCGAUCUCAAACCCUUCAAGGAGCUUCCAAAGUCCGACGUUGCAAAGAGGACUGAUUCCAGUACGACGGCGGCUAAGCAGAAACUAGCCGGGACCACCUGGAGUUUAAAACCUCUCCCAGGAUCUGCAGAGGCAGGCCUGGCCAUGCUAACAGCCGCUGGAUCUUCGCCACGUCCACAGCCAGCAAUGGAUCGAUCAUCGCCACGACCACCGCCGCAGGCACAGAAUCCGAAGACGCCAACAUCACCUGUGCCAUCUCCUGUGGCAGCUGCCAGCCCAUCUCAGAGUAGGGCCAUGCCUCCUGGUGAAGGAAAGGGCAUUUAGCAAAAGAGGACGGGGUGGGGGGGGGGGGGGGGGGGGGGGGGGGGAGGGGGGGGGGGGGGGGGGGGGGGGGGGGGGGGGGGGGGGGGGGGGGGGGGGGGGGGGUCUUUUUAAAAAGGGCGACAGCCUUGAGAUAUCAUCGUGGAACUGACCACCCCCCCUAGGUAGGUCAGAAAUUUUAACUUUAACAGCAUCGAAGACAAAAUCUGGCUACAUGCUGUAACCUCCUCCAUGUCGAUUCGAGCUUAUGUCUGUGUUUCAAGUUUCAACAGUUUAUGUGUGUGCCAACUGAGCUAGGCCCAUUUGAGAGAGAAACUUGAGAAAGAGUUUUUUAUGCAUGUGUGCUUCCCCUUUCAGACCUGGAGGAGUUUGUAGGGCUGAAGGAUUGCGUAGGAAUCCCCUUCAAGUUCAUCAUAAUAGAGCCAUUACAAUUUUCAUUCAACGCAUCGUCGGCAUAGGAGUGGCAUGAGCUUACUACCGGUAGUAACGAGUUGUGUCAAACUGUGAAAACUGUGAAGGAUUGGUUGUGAGCUACUCGUUAUAAGCUGCUCCACACACUGUCAUUGAUAGGACUGAAAGAGUGUGUCGGAGUCGUCUUCUUCAUCAUCCAGGCAUUGCAUUAUUCUGAAAGGAUUUCGCACAGUCAGUUCCCAAGGUCCCGAUCCCAAGGUCCCAGUUGGUCCCUGUCCCAGGCUGUACCGGUAGUGUAGGUCUUAGGGUCCGUAGGUUGAAGCGUCGUAUGUCGGUAGGUGUCGGCUACCAAAACGUCAGAGUCUGGUACAUUUCCGCCGCCGGUACCUGCAGAGGAAGUCAAGUCCCAAGUCCAAAUUUGAGACUUCCAGAAACACCAACUUUGGCAAGGCAGAGCGCGAGGGCAACCAGUACCGUUCCAAAGCAAUUCAAGUUAUUUAACACACAGUAUCAACUUUAAUCAUUUAAUGUUUAAUGCCAUAUACGAUCAAUGACAAUCCCCUUCAAACUUCCAAGUUCAAAGUGCAACAGAUUGGUUGUGGACCUUGUGGAUUAUUUCAGUACAAGGUCCUCUAUGUCCACUGUUAAUAUUGUAAUUGUAUGGACUCUAUGAGUCUAUGGAGUAUAGUUUAGUUGCAGAACAAACAGCACGUUCAAGG